GAAUAUUGUUAUAACACGAACAUAAACUUCCGAGUCCAGCCAAACCAAAACCCCAGCAAACAUCAUUGCAAUUGCGUGCAAGUGUUCCCCCACAAUAUAAGGCGGGUAAAAACGGACGAAGUCAGAUGCGGUUUGAAAUUUAAACUUGCCUGCCUUAGUUCAUUCCUUUUCGUGCAUACCCUGCAAUUCAGUUUCGUAAAAAUGGGCGUACACCUGCCGGAAAAAUGUCCAUUUUCAGUGGAUACAUGGACGCCCAAUUCAUCAAGGAAGAAAUGCCAUUUUCUGACACAUGCCCACAAAGAUCACACUGUGGGAAUUCUAUCGUAUGCAUCAUAUCCUAUCUACUGCACCUUCAUUACCAAACAACUCAUUCUCCUUCGCUACCCCACGUUGGAUGAGAGCCUGUUUUUGGAGUUGGAAGUCGAAGAACCCGUGCUGAUUAAUGAUGAUGAGCAACCCUUCACCGUGACUGCAUUUGACGCCAACCAUUGUCCAGGUGCCAUAAUGCUUUAUUUUGAAGGCCAAUUUGGUAAUGUCCUUCAUACUGGAGAUUGCAGGCUAAGUUCUGAUUGUUUGUCAAAACUUCCCUGCAUGUUGACUUUGAAGAACAGCAAGGUAUCCAGGGAUUGUUUGGAUUGUUUAUAUUUGGACUGCACCUUUGGAAAGGAAUCAUUUAAGAUGCCAAUCAAGUAUUGUGCGGUGAAUCAGGUUAUUAGGUGCAUAUGGAAGCAUCCAAGUGCCUCUCCUGUAUAUCUUGCUUGUGAUCUUCUUGGGCAGGAGGAAAUUCUCAUGGAAAUAUCAAAAACUUUUGGAUCCAAGAUUUAUGUGGAUAAAUCAAGUAUCCCUGAAUACCAUGCCAUUGUUUCCUUUCUAGUCCCAGAGCUGCUGACUGAAGAUACUUCAUGCCGUUUCCAUGUCUGUGAAGGCUUCCCCAAAUUGUAUGAGAGAGCAAAAGCAAAGUUUGCUAUGGCUGAAAAAAGUGGUCAACCAAAACCACUUUUUAUUCGUCCUUCUACACAGUGGUAUAUAUGUGAAGAGAAGCUUGAAGGCAUAGGAUCUGAUUUGAUUCCUCUGCCAAUUAUUUCCAAAAGGCAAACACAGUCAGUCCCAAAAGAAGCAGAAAGAGACCAGUUUGGUGUUUGGCAUGUUUGUUUUUCUAUGCACUCAUCUAAAGAGGAACUUGAGGAAGCAUUAAUGGUUUUGAGCCCCAAAGAAGUCAUUUCAACCACUCCCAACUGCAAAGCGACUGAACUGCAGUAUGUUAGAAAGAAAAUUGGCAAUACCCGAAUAUGGUCUCAAAAUGAUUCAGAUUUGCAAUCCAGAACUACGAAUACAUUCUGUCAAGCUAGUUCAAUAUCAGGAAUCAAACAAGAUAUGGUUAAUGAUGCAACCACAUUUCAUGUUUCAAAUCAAGUGAGCUUUAUUUCUGAACGAGAGAGAAACACAGAUGUAAUAGUAGCUUUGGAAGAGAAGCAUUCUCACACACAUGUGCAGUUUUCUUCACCAGUUAAACCCAUUCCUCUUUUUGGGAUAACAAGAUACAGUCUUCCGCCAUCUCCACCUAUGUCAUUUACUGACGGGGAGGAUACAUUCAGUUCUCCAGAUUGCAAGAUUUCAUUAAAUGAUGCAGGACCACUCUCACCUUCUCAUUUGCCGGAAGAUGUUAAACAUUUUAUGUCUGGUGGAAAGAACACAUCUCAAUUUACACUCUCAGUAAGGGCUAGAAAGCUCGAGGAUGAAUCCAGAAGCUGCAAGGAUCAUGUAGCGGACUGCAUACAGUCAUCUGGAAGGAGCGCUUUGCAUAUCAAUGAGGAAGUGGAGAAGCCAAAUAUAUUAAGUGGCCAUUCAGAAAAGGGUGAGCAUCCACUUGACUUUACUGACCACCCAAGUCCUAAAAAAGAUGGUGCAAGUGACAGUGAACAAGUAGGCUGCAUACAAAGUUACAUGAUUGAAGGGAGCUCCUUGAGUUUUGAUAGCCAUUGCAAGUAUCCCAGGUCACUUCAUGAAAAUGUUAGAAAAAUGUACAGAUCACUACAUGUACCAAUUCCUCAGCCCCUUCCAUCAUUGCUGGACCUUGCAAAUAUCACUAAGCGACCUAAAUUCCGAUACUCUCAAAGUUAAUCAUAUGAAAAUUUUUUACCGUGGCUUU